UGUGAUGCAAGUAUGGUGGUGAUUCUUGGUCGUGAUUCAAUGCUCGGAGGUGAUGAUAUUCUGAGGUGGUGAUACUUGGAGGUAGAAAUAAUCUGUGAUGAUCAAACUUUUAUCAGAGUAGCUAAGUUUGUAGCAGAAUAAUUUUGCGCACACAGACAGAUGCAAAGCUUUAGAUAUUUUGAAACCGAUGAUCGAAACUUCUACCAUGGUAGCCAGCACCGACAGUGAAAACACUGCAUACCGUCACUUUGCCAAAAUGCUAGAUUAUCUGUUUAAGGGAACACAGUUGAAGGUCUUAGAUGGUGAGCCUGGAUCAUUAGCGGUAAAAGAAGAUAUGAUCUCCAAUCAGCCUUUGUAUCCGAAUACUGCCGAAUCCACUCACACACUGUCAACUUCAAGCAUAAAAAAAAUCGACGCAAUUGUUUACAUGAAGAUAAGAAAAACAAAAGUCGAGUUGUCAAAUGACGAAUGGAAGAAGCCUUUGACAAGUACAGCAACAGCCUUAAAACAACAAUCGAAGAAUCUCAGGUCAAACCUCUCGAUUCUCAAUUCACUCCAGCAAAAAUACAGAAUUAAGACUGAAAGCAUCUUGGCUAUGGCUGUCAUUGGCUAUACUGGCUAUAUAUAGCGAAGACUUCCCUGGUAUCCGUAAGCCCUUAUCUUAUGAUAGGGCUGAGAAUCGGGUGGGCCGUCGUUGGUGAUCCGCUAAGGAUCGAUGAUAUGUGUAGGC